AUGGCAGUCGCUAUCAUUCGAGGAAUCAGUCCGUUGGGUGUUUUCUUAGCAUCAGCCAUAUUAAAUAAUACGAAACUAGCAGUCGUUUAUGAAACUAGAGAACCAGCAUGGACUUCUAUUAGGAAGCAUAUCCCACAACGACUAUGGCCGUCAUUAGACAGAAUAGACAAGUUUGAAACAUUUGUUAGUAACGGACGCAUGUUUCAGCAGUUUGUCGACCAUGUCAAGAACAAAUACGGGCAAGAGUCAGUGCGACUUAUAAUCGAUGUCUCUAAUUACAUAAAUAAAGGAGAGGGUCCUAUUGAAAACGCUGGAUCGAGAACUUGCAAAAGCUGUUACGAACACAACGUCUAUGGAUUGGCGGCGUUGAUGAAAUUCGCAGAGCCUCUUCUACAGACAAAUUUCAGCCACAGGGCCGAUGAUUUACCAGGAAUGGCAAUAGUGCUUAGCACCAACUAUCUAGAAUCUACUGUUUCCGAUGAGGAGAAAACCAAAUUUCUGACACAACUCGGCAAUACAAAUAAUGUUCACAAAACUGUAGACUUUCGAUACUCGUUUAGAAUGACAAAGACAGCCCAACUCGCAUUAUGUAGAUCUAUCGCCAACGAAUUCGAAUUAACAAGACGAAACGCUAUUGCCAUAUCCGUAUAUCCUCGGUUCCUAAGCAGAAUCAACGAACCAGACGCUAAUUUUAUGGAACCAGAUCUAACUGCCUCGUACAUGUGGGAGUUGAUUACCGCACUGAGUAAAGAAGAAAAUGGCAAAUUCGUUGAUUUGGAGGGUGUGAGAAUGCCAGAAUGA